AUGGCGACGACGACGUUCACGACGACGCGCGUCGGCGCGCGCGUUCGCGCGUCUCAAAGCGCGUCUCCACGCGCGCGUCUCCGCGCGCGCGCGUCCCGCGCGUCCGCGUCGUCCGCGUCCGACGACGUCCCGCGCGUCGUCGCGAUCGAGGCGCGAAAACCGCUGGGGCUGACGCUCGAGCAGGGCGCGCGCGAUCGAGGGGCGUGGAUCGCGGACGUCAGCGCCGAUGGAAACGUCGCCGUCGAAGCGCUCGACGCGCGACGGGGUGACGUCGUGCGAGAGGUGAACGGCGUCGACGCGCGAGGGAUGUCGCUCGACGAAGUCGUCGCGCGCCUCGCGGAGGGACCGGAGACGGCGUCGCUGAAGCUCGCGCGAUGGCCGGAGGGGCGAGAGAUGACGAACGCGCGCGAUCGGGCGUGGCUGGAGGCGAAUUCGCGGGAGGAGGGCGUGGUGACCCUGGCCAGCGGGCUGCAGUAUCGCGCGAUAAAAAAUGGAACGGGGCCGGGGAACAUCAAGAUGGACACGCCGUGCGAGUGCCACUACGCGGGGACGUUGAUCGACGGCACGGAGUUCGAUUCGUCGUACAAGCGCGGGAAACCGAUCACGUUCGCGCCGAAGCAAGUCAUCAAGGCGUGGACGGAGGCGAUGCGAUUGAUGCGAGAGGGCGACGAGUGGCAGCUGUUCUGUCCUUCGGAGCUGGCGUACGGCGCGCGAGGCUCUGGACGAUUUAUUAAACCGGGCGACGCGUUGGUGUUCACCAUCUCCAUCGAACGCAAGCUGUAA